UGAUGUGACGCCCCCGCCGCCCAGAGCUGCUGCCUCGGCGGUCGCUGCGUGGCCAUGCCCGCCCGCCUCUAACGCCCUUCCCGCCGGCGAUGUCCGCCUGCUGGUCCGCUUGACGAGGGGCGGGUGAUGCUCUGUUGCUGGGCGUCCCUAUGCAACAUGCAACUCGGGCUGGUCGGCGGCGAGCGCGCGCGGGCGGCCUGACGGGCGGCAACCUGGAUGGUGGGGCGGGAUCCGGGAGACGUGGGCGCGACCCCCCCGCCAUGAGCUCCUCCCUCGCGGGCGUGCCGCUGCUGCUGCUGCUGUUGACCAUGGUGGUUGCGGUGGGCGGCGAGACGCGCAGCCCGCGCUUCGUCACCACCAAGUACGGCAAACUGCGCGGCUCCAUCCGCGCGCUGCCCAACAAGUACCUCCGGCCCGUCGAGGUGUUCCUGGGCAUCCCCUACGCCACGCCGCCCACGGGCUCCAACCGCUUCAGCCCCACCCGCACGCCCAGCCCGUGGGCGGGCGAGCGCAUAGCCGACAAGUACGGGCCCGUGUGCCCCCAGCACCUGCCCGACAUCUGGGAGGACCAGGCCGACCUCUCCAUGCCGCGCGUGCGCAUGCAGCACGUGCGCCGCCUGGCCAACUACCUGACGCACCAGGAGGAGGACUGCCUCUACCUCAACGUCUACGUCCCUUCCUUCGUGGCAGACACGUCGGGACACCGGGCGCUCCCCGUAGUGGUCUACAUCCACGGCGAGAGCUUCGAGUGGGGCGCCUCCAACCCUUACGACGGCUCGGUCCUCGCUGCCUACGGGGACGUCAUUGUAGUCACUCUCAACUACCGCCUCGGGCCCCUAGGCUUCCUCAACACGAACGCGGACCCGAGCGGCCGGGGCCACGUCAUGAACCACGGCCUCAUGGACCAGAUCGCGGCGCUCCACUGGGUGCAGGAGAACAUCGGGGCGUUCGGCGGCGACCCCGGCAGCGUGACCCUGGUGGGCCACGGCACGGGCGCCGCCUGCAUCCACUUCCUGAUGGCGUCGGCGGCGGUGGUGCCCGGCCUCUUCCACCGCGCGGUCCUCAUGUCCGGCUCGGCGCUCAGCUCCUGGGCCACCGUCGGGACGCCCACGCACUACGCCCUCAAGUUCGGCCGCGCCCUCAACUGCACCACCAACCUGCCGUCGGGCAUCAGCCUGCACGAACCGGAGUUCACGCCCUCGAACGACGAGCUCGACCAGAUGGUCAACUGCCUGAAGGACAAGUCGCUGGACGAGCUGCAGGCCGUGCACAUCUCGGCGCCGCAGUUUCUGUACGCCUUCGGGCCCAGCGUCGACGGCAUCGUGAUCAAGCACGACUACCGCCGCGAGAUGCGGAAGCGCGCCGACGAGAUGAGCAAGGAGUACGACCUCCUGUUCGGCGUCGUGCCCAACGAGGCCUACAACGCCUUCAGCGACAGCGACAUCGAGAAGGGCUUCGACAUGGGCAAGCGCGACCGCAUGUUCCGCACGAUGGUCCGCAACUCGUACGACUACCACCUGAACGAAGUGUACAUCUCGGUCGUGAACGAGUACACGGACUGGGAGAAGCCCGAGCCGCACCCGACGGCCACCCGCGACGCCACCAUGGACGCCCUCAGCGACGCGCAGUACGUCGCCCCGCUGCUCAGCACCGCCAACAACCUCCGCAUCGGAGACAAGAACCAGUUCUUCUACGUCUUCGACCACACCGCAGCGCACUCAGACAAUCCCUACGCGGUCAAGAGAGCGGUACACGGGGACGAGCUGCCCUAUGUGUUCGGCGCCCCCCUGGUAGGCGAGCUGGGGGUCUUCACGGGGAAUUGGACACGGGAAGACAUAAUAAUAUCUGAGGCAAUGCUCACUUACCUCACCAACUUCGCCAAGACAGGGAACCCAAACUUUCGUUCUGGACAGGAUAUGAACAAUCAGGCUAGAGAGAAGAACCGGUUCAAGAACCUGGAGUGGCAAAAGUACGACCCCAUAUACCAGAAGUACUUGGAAAUAGGGCUGAAGCCGAAGCUGCGGGACCACUACCGCGCGCACCAGCUGGCCCUGUGGACGUGGCUCAUCCCUCAGCUGCAGCGCGUCGGGCGCCUCGAGUUCCUGACGCUGCACGACCCAGAGGCGGAGGACGUCGCCGCCGAGGACCAGCUGCAGGAGCUGUCGGUGCUGCACCACCUCUUCUCGCAGUACGACGACCCCGACCUGUACAGCGGCCCCGUGCGGCCCCUGCAGCACAUGGCGGGCCACUACAUCCUGCCGUCGACGACCAGCACGCCCGCGCCGCCCACCACCACGACGCCCCAGCCGGGGCCGCGCCAGCCGCCGGCCUUCGCGCCCAACACCACCGCCCACGCCGAGGCCACCAAGCCGGAGGGCGUGGACUACGUGGCCUACUCGACGGCGCUGUCCGUCACCAUCGCCAUCGGCGUGUCGCUGCUCAUCCUCAACAUCCUCAUCUUCGCCGGCGUCUACUACCAGCGGGACCGGUCGCGCCUCGGCGACAAGCAGGAGCAGCAGAGCCAGCAGAACAGCCAGAGCAGCAGCGAGCAGCAGAUGGCGGCGGCCAUCAGCUCGGCGUCCGGCCCUACAUUAGGGUCGAGUAUUAACCUGGAGGUGACGAAGCCGCCGCUCAGCGUGCCGGCCUCGCUGAAGGCGCCGCCGCCGUCGCCGCUGGCGCACACGCAGGCCUUCACGCACAUCUCCGAGUGCCCGCCGGCCUUCGCCGACACGCCGCUGGCCGUGGAGGGGGGCGGGCACUGCGUGGCCGUGCCCCCUCCCAACAUACCCAACGGCAGCGCCACGCUCGUCGUGAUGCCGCGGCCGCCGCCGCCGCCACGGCUGAUGCCGGCGGAGUCGCAGCCGCUCCUGCCGGUGCACGUGCCGGCGCCCCCGCGGGGGAAGAUCCCGCCCUACGAGGAGCUGCGCGUAUGAUGGCGGCGCCCUCUGGUGACGGUGCUCUCCGCCGCCGAGCACCUGCAGGGGGCAUCGUACCCGUGCACGCCCCCGGACUACCAGCACCACGCCCAGGUCGUCGACUACUACGGCGGGACGUUCUACGACGGCCAAGACAUGACCACGUCGUUCCGCGGGGAGGAGGCGCCCCCGGCCCCCCCGCCGGGGCCCCCGUCGGCCCUCUCCCCGCCCCCCGCCGGCCUCGACUGCCCGGGCAACUCCUCCACGUGGCCCCGCAAGGCGCGCGGACCACGCACCUGGCCAGAGGGCGACCACACCGACCUGCAGCGCAGCCCACCGCAGCAGCAGGACCAACCGCCGCAGCAGCACCCGUUGGAACAGCAGCAGCACCAGGGGGCGCCUCGCUCCUAGCAAUAAGCGCCUGUGUGAGGGCGAGCUCGCGCAGCGGCUGACCAAAGACAGUUUCUCACACUCUCCUGGUGAACCUUGUUACUGCUCUCACAUUAAGAUAUUUACACGUUUAAUACGUCUUCAGAAGUUAUCUAUGUGAACGUGUGCACUUUUUAUAUGUAUGUGAUUAUGAUUGUGUAAAAUACGUGUACAUAAAAUACACAGAUGAUCUAUUGACAUGUUGAAGAUUGGAAUGUUUUCAAUAAAACUUGCUAGUAA